AAGACUAAAAUUUCACUUCGCGAGAAUUAUUUAGACAACAAUUCGACUAGCUAGAUUGAUCCUAUUUUAACAACACGUUUAAUUCCUAGACAAAGAUUCAUCAUUAUUGCCGAAUAGUCCCUCUAUGACCGUGUAAUAUAUAAUGUUUUUCACGAUCUUAUUGGGUUUCUUUACACUAUUAUUUCUAUUGCACUUCUCUAUAAGAUAUGGGAGAUUAGGAAGAAUCUCCAGUCGAAUUCCUGGACCGAAAGCAUAUCCGAUAAUAGGAAAUUUAUAUCAUAUUCUAGUUGAUGAUAAACAAAUACUCUACAAAUUCUGGGAAAUUGAUGAAAAAUUUUAUCCAAUCCAUAGACUCUGGUGCUGUUUUUUUUCGUUUGUAACUCUAAUUCAUCCGGAAGAUAUCGAGAUAUUAUUGAGGAGUACUCAACAUCUACAAAAAAAUGUACCUUACAAAUUUUUACGUCCCUGGCUUUCCACUGGAUUAAUAACUAGUGAAGGUGAAAAAUGGCAACAAAGACGAAAAAUCUUGACACCAACUUUCCAUUUCAAUAUUCUUAAACAUUUCAUCCUCACAUUUAACGAGGAGGCACAAUAUCUUGUAAAGUCACUGAAAGAAAAAGGAGAAGGAAAUCCGAUCAUUAGAGAUUUACAGGAAUUCAUACCCGAAUAUACUUUAAACACAAUAUGCAAGACGGCGAUGGGAACUCCUUUAAAAGGGUCUGGCGAACGUGAAACUAAAUAUCGGAAUGCUGUUCAUGAUUUCGGCAAAAUGAUGGUCUAUAGAGUAACAAGACCUUGGUAUCACAUCGAUACUAUAUUUGCAUUAUCUCCAAAUGGUCAGAAGGAAAAGGAAUUGGUGAAAACGCUUCACGAUUUUUCGAAAAAGAUAAUAGCAGAGAGGAAACUUUUUCAUGAACAAACUAACAGGAAAUAUUUAGAAAACUUUGAAGAAAUGCACGAGAAUCAUAUUUCUUCCGAAACAAUCAAAGAAGAUAAUAAGAAUCCGACAUUCAAGAAAAGACUGGCUAUGCUAGAUUUACUUAUAGCCGCUUCUCUGAAAGAUAAUCAAUUCGAUGAAGAAGGAAUACGAGAAGAAGUCGAUACUUUUGUGUUUGCAGGUUAUGACACUACGGCAAUGGCCUUAUGCUUCUCUUUACUUCUUUUUGCUAAACACAAAGAUGUUCAGGAACGUAUUAGAAACGAAGUGAAGACAAUUAUAGAAAAAAGAGAUCUUAAAUUGACGCUCUCGGAUAUUCGAGAAUUUUCAUAUUUGGAAAGAUGUCUUAAAGAAUCACUUCGUUUAUAUCCCAGUGUUAAUUCUAUAACUCGUUAUAUAACUCAGGAUUUACAGCUGAAAAAUUAUUUAAUCCCUGCUGGUACGAACUGUAAAAUAAGUAUCCAUAGUGUACACAGGAAUUCAGAUUUAUGGCCAAAUCCCGAAGUUUUCGAUCCCGAUAGAUUUUUACCGGAAAAUGUAGCAAAACGUAAUCCUUAUUCUUACAUUCCGUUUAGUGCUGGACCAAGGAAUUGCAUCGGUCAAAAAUACGCAAUGCUGGAACUUAAAGUCACGAUAGCUUACAUAUUGCACCAUUUUUAUUUGGAACCAGUGGAUGAACUAGACGACGUUAAAAUAAUAGGAGAUAUUGUUCUGCGUUCUUCUAAACCUCUUCGUGUCAAAUUCGUACCUAUAAAUAUAAUGGUUUUCACGAUCUUAUUGAGCUUCUUUACACUUCUAUUUGUAUUGCAUUGCUUUAUAAGAUAUGGGAAAAUAGGAAGAAUCUGUAAUGGAAUUCCUGAACUGCAAGCAUUACCGAUAAUAGGAAAUUUAUAUCAUCUUCAAGUUGAUAACGAACACUUACUUGAAAAACUUUGGGAAAUUAAUAAGAAGUUUUCUCGAAUCCAUAGACUCUGGUCCUUUUUUUUUUCGUUAAUAAAUCUAUUUCAUCCGGAAGAUGUCGAGGUAUUAUUGAAGAGUACCCAACAUUUACACAAAAAAAUACCUUACGACUUUUUAAAACCUUGGCUUUGCAAUGGAUUGAUAACUGGUGCAGGCGAAAAAUGGCAGCAGCGACGAAAAAUCUUGACACCUACCUUUCAUUUUAAUAUUCUUAAACACUUUGUCGUCACUUUUAAUGAAGAAGCACAGCAUCUUGUAACGUCGUUGAAAAAGGAAGGAAAAGGAGAUCCGAUCGUUAAAGAUCUACAGGAACUUAUACCCGAACAUACUUUAAAUGCGAUAUGCGAAACGGCUAUGGGAAUCAAUUUAAGAGGAAUGGGCGAAUUUGCAACUAAAUAUCGCCAAGCCGUUUAUACUUUCGGCAAAAACGCAGUCUAUAGAGUAACAAGACCUUGGUAUCAUAUCGAUAUUAUAUUUGCAUUAUCGCAACGUGGUCGGCAACAAAAGGAAUUGUUAAAAACGCUUCAUAGUUUAUCGAGGAAGAUAAUAGCAGAAAGGAGACUUUUCCACGAAGAAACUAACAGGAAAUAUUUAAAAAACAUUGAAGAAAUGGAUGAGGAUCAAACUUUGUUAGAAAAAACUGACGAUUAUAAUAAGAAUUCGAUAUUCAAGAAAAAAUUGGCUAUGCUAGACUUGCUUAUUGCCGCUUCUCUGAAUGAUAAUCAAAUCGAUGAUGAAGGAAUUCGAGAAGAAGUCGAUACUUUUAUGUUCGCGGGUCACGACACUACGGCAAUGGCAUUGUGCUUUGCUUUGCUUCUUUUUGCAAAACAUAAAGAUGUUCAGGAACGUAUAAGAAAGGAAGUAAAUACGGUUAUGCAACAAAAUGAUGGUAAACUGACUAUUCCAAUGAUUCAAGAAUUUUCAUACUUGGAAAGAUGUAUUAAAGAAUCACUUCGUUUGUAUCCAAGCGUUCAUACUAUAGCUCGUUAUAUAUUUAAUGAUAUGCAACUGAAGAAUUAUUUAAUCCCAGGUGGUACGAUCUGUAAAAUAAGUAUUUACAGCUUACAUAGAAAUCCAGAAUUUUGGCCAAAUCCCGGUAUAUUCGAUCCGGAUAGAUUUUUACCGGAAAAUGUUAAGGGACGUAAUCCUUAUUCCUACGUCCCAUUUAGUGCUGGACCAAGAAACUGUAUAGGUCAAAAAUUUGCAAUGCUUGAGCUCAAACUCAUGACAGCUUACAUAUUGCACAACUUUUAUUUGGAACCUGUGGAUGAACUGGAUGACGUUAAAAUCGUAGGAGAUAUUAUUCUACGCUCGCCAAAACCACUUCGUGUCAAAUUUAUACCGAUAAAAUGACUUAAAUCGAAUUUUUCCAUAUUCCAUUUUCUCCAAAAUAAGAUAUAUUGGAAUUCUGCAAAAAAUAUUGGCAAGCCAUUUAUUAGCUACAUCGACUGAAAGAUAGAUCUCGUACAUUUUUAAUAAGUACAAAUUUAAUCUAUAAAGUCCUGCAAAUUUUUAUUAUUCGUAUGAUCGUCUCGUUGAUAAAAUCAACGUGCAAAUAUAUCAAUAUAUUAUUCUCAAGAUAAAAUAAUUUUGUCAACGUUAUGUAAACAUAAAUAAAUAUUUUGUCUUUGACAGUCGUAUCAGAUAGUAAACGAAAGGUAAUGGGAUA